AAACUGGAAGCAGACAGACACACACACGCAGAGAGAGAGAGAGAGAGAGAGAGAGAGAGAGCACAAAGGGACACUUGGAAUUAUUCUUUUGUCAUUUCCUUCUGCCACUCACCAUUUCUACCCCCGCCCCAAGGUUCUGUAUUCAUCUCCCUCCCUCAUCUUCAACUUCAACCCCAACCAUAACUCUUUCAUUUCUUCCAUUCUAAUCAAUCUUCUCAUCGAUUUCUUCUCUCUCAUCCCCGAGCAGAGAGCAACAGGAGAUGGCGGCUUCGGGGUCUUCGCAGCCGCAAUUCAUCAUCAGCACUGGGAAUCGGAAUCCUUCGAAUGUGCCUCUGAUUGAGAAUGAGGAGUCCGAUCAGAUUGUUGUGCCCGAUAAGAAAAGCUGGAGAAACUUGUUUGCCUACAUGGGUCCUGGUUUUCUUGUUUCUAUUGCAUAUAUAGAUCCUGGAAAUUUUGCAACGGACUUGCAGGCAGGAGCUCAGUACAAAUAUGGGCUACUUUGGAUUAUAUUAGUGGCUUCAUGUGCUGCCCUCAUUAUUCAAUCACUUGCAGCAAACCUGGGGGUGGUUACUGGAAAACAUUUAGCAGAACAUUGUAGGGUUGAGUAUUCAAAGGUGCCAAACUUCAUUUUAUGGAUUCUUGCUGAAAGUGCCAUAGUUGCAUGCGACAUACCUGAAGUGAUUGGAACAGCCUUUGCUCUAAAUAUGCUCUUCAGAAUUCCAGUAUGGUGUGGUGUUCUUCUGACAGGGUUGAGUACAUUGAUUCUACUGGCAUUGCAGCAAUACGGGGUGAGGACACUUGAGUACUUGAUCGCAUUUCUGGUAUUUACUAUAGCUGCAUGCUUUUUCAUGGAGCUCGGAUAUGCAAAGCCUAAUGCUUCAGAAGUGUUAAAUGGGCUUUUUGUUCCCCAACUGAAAGGGAAUGGUGCAACUGGCCUGGCAAUUUCACUCCUUGGCGCAAUGGUCAUGCCGCACAAUCUGUUCCUGCAUUCUGCUUUGGUUCUUUCAAGGAAAGUCCCAAGAUCUGUCAAUGGCAUCAAAGACGCUUGCAGGUUUUAUUUGAUAGAAAGCGGCUUUGCUCUAACGGUAGCCUUUCUCAUUAAUGUAUCAGUCAUCUCAGUAAGUGGUUCUGUUUGCAAUUCAACGAAUUUGAACCCAGAUGAUGAGAAGAACUGCCAAGACUUGGACUUGAACAAAGCUUCCUUUUUACUCAAGAAUGUGUUAGGCAGCUGGAGCUCAAAGCUUUUUGCAAUUGCUUUGCUUGCAUCUGGCCAAAGUUCUACAAUAACGGGUACAUAUGCUGGGCAAUAUGUGAUGCAGGGGUUUCUUAAUUUACGUCUGAAGCCAUGGAUUCGCAACUUCUUAACUCGUUGCUUAGCAAUAGUCCCUAGUCUAAUAGUUGCAAUCAUCGGUGGCUCUGACGGAGCUGGAAAGUUGAUUAUUAUAGCUUCAAUGAUUUUAUCAUUUGAGCUCCCUUUUGCUCUUAUUCCACUUCUCAAAUUUACAAGCAGCACGACAAAGAUGGGGAUAUAUGCCAACUCGAUAGCGAUUUCAGCGACUACUUGGUUUAUUGGAUCCCUGAUUAUGGGCAUAAACAUAUACUAUCUCGCAACCAGCUUCGUCAAAGUGCUUCUUCACAGUCAUAUAAAAGUAGUAGGUAAGGUGUUCUGUGGAAUACUGGGAUUCUCGGGGAUGCUGGUUUAUUUGGCCGCAAUUGCGUACUUGGUCUUCCGGAAAAAUAAGGAGGCGACACACAUUCUCGCGCUAACAUCAACCGAAAGUCAAGGAAUGGGAAAUGAGUUGGGUGAUAGUCUACCUAGAGAGGAUAUAAUAAGCAUGCAAUUGCCUCAGAGGAGGGCUACUGUGGAUGUUGAAUGAUCCAUAGAGUAACCGAGGUAGAAUCUCACUCUUAUAGUUUGUUUAACUUGGCAUGGACAUUGGUAGCGCUGAUAAUUUAGAUUUUGGAGCCAAUCGAUAAAAAAAUUGCUAGCUUUCAUUAUGGUUGUAGUUUUGCAGCAGAAACUUGGAACGACUUGCUAGAUAAUUUAGAAAGAAAAAAAAUUUUAAAGUUGGAAAUACAACAGAGAAGUCGUUUCAUGGCCCAUUUAUGGAUUCUGUUUUGUUAUUUUCAAGUUACAAUAUUUCACACAAAUAGCAUCUAAAUGUUUCGUGCUA